AUGAGGAUUGUUCGAGACAAUGAGUCAAAGAGGGUACCUCCGCAACUCUCCUACCAAGCAUCAGCUACAGAGAGUUACAUAACGCAAGUGUUAAGCUUCGCUCUGCAGCAGAACGAUAAAGUUGCGAAAUUAGAACAGAAGCAAUCGAAAACCGAUGAAAAGAACAACUUUAUUGUUAAAUCAGAUGAUGAUGCCAAGGGAAUCAAUCAAUCUUCAGUUAAUACCACCUCUACCAAAAUGAAAAAUUCUAAUGAUACUUCAGCAUCUAAUAUAUCUGAUAAUACUUCAAAUUCUGAUGUUGCUCCUGAACGAAUAGAAAAUAGUUCCGAUAACACACCCGAUUCUGAUCCAUACCAGGAAAAGGAUAGCCGAUCUUUCACAUCUCCUAUUCCUAUAGGAACUUUAUCAUCGGAUUAG